AUGGCAGUAACUUCAAGAGUGCUCGAUGAUUAUAACGGUGAUGCUGUCUUGUUGCUCAAUUCGCAGGCUACUAAUCUGAUAUCCUACCAGAAUGAGGCACGAAUGGAGGACAAAACAGUAUCACACGAAAAAUUCAAGGGCGAAACAGGAGAACAUUACCCGAGUAUUAAACCACGGGAUUCUAAUAUUCUUUGCCGUGACGAGUCGUUCGUUCCUGAAACACUGUCUGCCACGGAAUAUAUUCCAAAGAAAGGUGAGCGGCACGAUGUCAAACGCCCUGGCGAAUCCAGCAUUUGGAAAGUAAGUGGACUUAAAUUUUCGUCUUUCGGCAAUUAA